AUGGGAACUUCGAGUGCAAAUGACAUGGACGUGGUCGUGGACGUGGACGUGGACGUGGACAUGGACGUGGACAUGGACGUGGACGUGGACAUGGACAUGGACGUGGACAUGGACGUGGACGUGGACGUGGACGUGGACGUGGACGUGGUCGUGGACGUGGUCGUGGACGUGGACGUGGACGUGGUCGUGGACGUGGUCGUGGACGUGGUCGUGGACGUGGUCGUGGACGUGGUCGUGGACGUGGUCGUGGACGUGGACGCGGUCGUGGACGCGGACCUGGACGUGGACGCGGUCGUGGACGCGGACGUGGACGCGGACCUGGACGCGGACGUGGACGUGGACGUGGACGCGGACGUGGACGCGGACGUGGACCGCGGACACGUGGACGUGGACGUGGACGUGGACGUGGACGUGGACAUGGACGUGGACGUGGACAUGGACGUGGACGUGGACGUGGACGUGGACGUGGACGUGGAGGACUUGGACGUGGACAUGGACGUGGACGUGGACGUGGACGUGGACGUGGACGUGGACGUGGACGUGGACAUGGACGUGGACGUGGACGUGGACGUGGACAUGGACGUGGACAUGGACGUGGACGUGGACGUGGACGUGGACGUGGACGUGGACAUGGACGUGGACGUGGACGUGGACGUGGACAUGGUCGUGGACGUGGACGUGGACGUGGACGUGGACGUGGACCUGGACGUGGACGUGGACAUGGACAUGGACGUGGACGUGGACGUGGACAUGGACGUGGACGUGGACGUGAACAAGACGUGGACGUGA